UUGUCAAUCUAACACAUGUCAAUUGUCAACACAAUCAUAACCUUAAAAUGUUGUCACGAACUUUUUGCAAAAUUUUAAGACAACCUCGUCUCCCCAAACCCAAUACUAAUUCCAGAUGCAUUACCACGACCCACUCCAACCCCGAAGACUCCGACAAAGAAACCCAUUUUGGUUUCCAAACGGUGAAAGAAAGUGAAAAGGGGCAAAAAGUCUACAGUUUGUUCGAAAAUGUCGCUUCCAGUUACGACAAGAUGAACGACGUCAUGUCAAUGGGAAUCCAUCGUGUUUGGAAAGACAUACUCAUGUGUCGUCUGGGACCUACAGAAAACACGAAGUUGCUGGACAUGGCAGGUGGUACUGGAGAUGUCGCCUUUCGUUUUGUUAAUUACAUUAAAAAUGACAAUAUUGAGAAAAGUUGCCAUGUAACGGUGUGUGAUAUUAAUGCUGAUAUGUUGGAUGUGGGGAAGUCUCGAAGUAAAGCGCUGGGGCACGAUCCAGCGUUGAUAAGUUGGCAGCAGGCUGAUGCGGAAAAUUUACCUUUUAAGGAUAAUUCUUUUAAUGCGUAUACUAUAGCGUUUGGGAUGAGGAACUGUACUCGUAUUUAUAAAGUGAUAAGGGAAGCAUAUAGGGUUUUAGAACCUGGUGGUAGAUUUAUGUGUUUGGAGUUCAGCCAUGUGGAGAACGACGCAUUUCGAUGGUUGUAUGAUCAGUACAGUUUUCAAAUUAUACCGGUUAUGGGGCAUUUGCUUACUGGGCAAUGGCAAGCUUAUCAGUACUUGGUGGAAAGCAUUAGGCAGUUUCCUGACCAGGAGACUUUAAAAGAGAUGAUAGAACAAGAAGGCUUUCGAGAAGUGAGUUAUGAAAAUUUGAGCUUAGGAAUAGUGGCCAUACACUCAGGAUUUAAGUUAUAAGUCCACGACUCAAAAUUUUAUAAUUUUGUACUGUUAUUGUUGAAUAAAUACAAAUAUGUAAAUAAUACUGAAAAAUUCGCUAGUAAAUGUUUGUUUUCAUC